GAAACUGUACCCAAAUCAAUAGAUGUCGCCCUGCCAAACAGCUGUUUGUUGUCAAUAAAAAUGGCCACGGCUGCGGCAAAAAAGCAGGAUAUGCCCCCGUCUGGGGGCUACAGGCCCAUAAACUUCAAGAGAGUCCCCGCAAGAUCGUACUUCAGCGGUUGGGCCCUUUUCGGGGGCUAUCUCGGAAUGACCGCAGCCGCAAGCUACCUCUACUACUUGAACUGUAAACAAGUGCAAGCUAACGAAAUUGAGAUGAGGUCCGGUCGUUUCGCUAUUUUCCCCUUGUUGCUUGCGGAGCGAGACCGCGAAUACUUGAAACAGUUGAGGCGAAAUCGGGACGAGGAAGCCAAGUUGAUGGCGAAUGUUGAGGGAUGGGAAGUCGGGACGUAUUACGGAGAGCCCUUGUUUAAAUCGUUUGAUAAGGACAAGUUGAUUGAACCCAUGAUGCAAGGGUAUUACGUGCAUGCCCCCAUGAAGGACUUCAGAGAUAGGGCUUAUAUCAGACAGUGGUCGUAAGGCAUUGUUGGUUGUAGUAAAUUCAUUUUUUGUUAAUAUAUUUGGGAAAACGU